AUGUCAUUGUCUUUCACCGAAAGACCCCCUCAGGGGAGGAUCCCCUACGCAAUCCCGCAGCUGGAAGGAGAACGGAUUACGAUCCCCGGUAGCAAAGGAGCCUUUCGCAUUCUGGCUUCAUCCAAGCAGACCAAUGGCCUCAUGGCUGUAUUCCAGAGCGGGGCAGUACUAUCCGACGCCCCAGGAUUCCACUACCAUAACCACGCCCAUGAUGUCUUCCUGGUGACCAAAGGGUCAUUAAAGCUAUGGAACGGGGACAAGUGUCGGGUCAUGGGCCCUGGUGAUUUCGCAUAUGUUCCUCCAACGGUGGUCCACAACCCGGAACUGCUAGGGCCACAUACCGAGACCUAUGGUGUCGUCACCCCCGGUGACUGGGUUGACUUCUUCCGAUAUGUGUCCGAACCCUACGACGGAAUACUUGUCCCCGAGGAUGAUGACCGUGACCUCAAGUCAUUGUUGAUUCCCAAGGUGAUGGCUGCGAAGCAGGACUUCGAUGUGGUUUUCCAACCUCAUUACCAGCCACCCGAGCUCGGGGAGUGGACCAAGGACGAGGAAAGACUCCCCGAGACCCCGCAACCCUACUUUCUGCGCGCCAACACGGGGCCCAAGUGGAUGCUGGGGGGAGUCAUGUCCCGCCCGUUUAUCACGACCAGCCAGAGCAGUGGCGUCUGCGCAAUUUCUAGCAUUGAAUCGUCCCACACUUACGGUGAAACCUUGCUCUCGAAAUUCAUGACCUUCCAGUCGGUCGAUCACUGUCUGUGUGUCUUGGAGGGUACGUUGACUGUCCGCCUGAAAGACUCCCCCGAAGCGACCUUCCGUGAAGGAGAGACGGUGGUGAUUCCUGCUGGGCAGGCGUUCGCCCUGGGGUUUGCCAGUCGGUACGUGCGGGUGUGGUCGUUCACCGAUGGUGAUGGGAUUGAGACUUUGAUUCAUCGGUUGGGAAAGCAAUUUGACGGCGCCGUCUUGCCCGACCAAGCGCCCGAAUUGGACACAGCUGAUGUCAAACCCGUAGCGGAGGCAUUGGACGAUUCGCCCCCGAUUAUCAUCGCCGAGGAUGACUCUCUUCCCCCGCCCCGGGCCAAACGCCCCCGGGCGGCGCAAGCAUGCGACCGGUGCAGGGCCAAGAAAUACAAAUGCGACGAGCAAUAUCCCUGCUCGCACUGCAAGAGUCUAUACGUCGCGGAUCUAGAGCGCAAAGUCGAUGAACUUACGGCCAGAUUAUAUCUGGCAGAGUUGGGGAUUACCUCCCAACAAUCCCCAUCGCUCCAGAAAGCCAAGGCAAGUUCGGGAACGCAGCAGCUGCCGCAAGUUGGCAUCGAAGCGACCCCUUUGUCGCUGCCUCGUACUGGAUCAACUCCACGGGAGGAGCCACCCUCUCUCUACGAAAACCACGACGAAGCUGGAGAAUCGGUUGGGGAUGAGAUCAGUGAACUAAACCACCAUACCAAUGGCAUCGAGUUUCAUGGCAGUACUUCAUCCGCAGCUCUCCUGGGCCAUCUCCAGAAGGCUCGGGACCCGCAGCGACCAUUAGAGCGACGGGAUGCGCGCGCAGAGGAGUUGGGGUACUCAAUUGUCUCGACGUUGCAUAACUCGAGCUUUUCGCCCUCGGGCACUGGCUCUGCGCAGACCUUGACAUUACGGGAACAGAACUAUUAUUUCGAACAGGCCCAUGCCUUUAUAAACGGCUAUUUCGAGAACAUACAUUUCAUUCAUCCCCUUAUUGAUAAGGAGGACUUUUUGCUGCGAGCGCACGAUCUUUGGUUCAACCGGAGUCUUCAGCCUGAGCCGUGUUUUAUCGCCUUGUAUCUGAGUAUUCUGUCGUUUGGAGCGUUGGUUCGCGUCUGGGAUGAAGAGAGGCUCGGUGGGUUGACCCGAUUUGAAUGGAGUAGGAAGCUGUUUGGUGAGGCCCAAAUGUAUCUCAACUACCUGCAGUUUUCGAACACCUUGGAUACGGUGCAGUGCUUGUAUCUUAUGGCUAAGAUUUGUCAGAAUGAACUCAAUCCGAACCUGGCGUACAUGUAUUUGGGUCUGGCCAUCCGCACAUGUCUGGCUGCUGGAUUCAAUCGUGAGGUGCGGAGCUCGACGGAACAGCGGUCGGGCUGGAUCUCAAAGACCUGGUGGGGAUUGUUCUCUUUGGAAAUUGAGAUGAGUUUCUCGGUGGGCCGUCCAGAUACUCUGGGCAUGGAUGAGUAUCACAACCGCGCGCUUCCUGAGAGAGAUGAGUCCGAGUACGCGAUCAUCCCAUGGAUGGUGGAUUUUGCGUACAUCAUUCGCAAGGUUUCCGUGCAGAUAUACCAUUCGCGCAUAACAUUACAGGAGAAGCUUCAUCUUGCUCUCCAAAUCGAAACCGAGUUGGACCGAUGGAUGGCGAGACUGCCGGACAGGAUUAAACCAGACGUUCUCCAGCGAGCAACAGCAGGCACAUUGAGAGAUCCCAAGUGGGCACGAAGACAACGCUUAGUUCUCGGUAUCCGCUAUUAUAACGUUAAGAUGCUCCUAUUCCGGCCAUUCCUAAGCCACUUCACGCGCAAACUACGACACACCCCCAUGGAGCUCGAGGAAACCAUCGCCAAAUGCCUCGACGCGGCGAUGAAAACCAUCCAGGUCAUCUAUGAUAUCUACCGUAUCCACACCUUCUUCCGCUGCUGGUGGUACAACACCACGUAUGUCAUGUUUGCCACAUCCACCCUCCUUCUCCCCAUGUCCAAACUGGGUAUGUGCGCAGAGACCAUUCCACUGCGCCGGUCCGUCGAGAUGGCCGUAGAGAUCCUAGAAGCAAUGGACGAGUCCGUCGUGGCACGCAAAUCCGUCGAAAUUAUCAAACACUAUCUGCGAGAGUUCCGGCCCAUUGAUGUGCAGACGACCGCUGGUAGUAGUGACGGAAAUAAGAUCGCGGAGUUUGCAGAUCCCGGUUCUACCCAGUCGGGAUUCGAUAUCCCUGAAUGGGCCUACGGCUUCGGGUUCCCCGAUUGUUCCUUCGAAGGGAUAGCAAGGCUGUUUGAUGAUCUGGGGGGUCUUCCGAUGCUAGACGGCUAA